CGCGGAAUUUUGUAGUUUAUAGAGUUUAAACACCCUCUACCGUUCAUUUCAUAAGCUUUCAUAUAUUGUAUCCAGCCUAAGCAGUCGACGCUUGAAUUUGACAGCAAUAAUCCGACAGUCACAUCCCCUUUUAUCAAAUCUAAUUUCAAGUGUUUUUUUUUAGAAUGACUCUAUAUCAUUUUGGAAACUGUCUUGCAUUGAGCUACAUUCCAUUUUGGAUAGUCUACAAGUAUUGCGGACUUUCUGAAUAUGGAGCUUUCUGGAAAUGUGUCCAAGCUGGAGGAGUAUAUGCAUUAACACAACUAGGCAAAAUGCUUCUUCUGGCUACAUUCUUCCCUACUUCUGGAGAUUACUUACAGGAUGAUCCUGAUAAUUUCUCUCCUCUUCAAGAAUUGUUGAAGUGCACAGUUGAUUUGAUCGACUUGAUUGGUUUAAGUGUUGUCAUGUCCAGAAUAGCUGGCAAAGGGCAUACAAAAGUGUUGAUUGCAGGGCUUGGCUGGGCUGGUGCUGAAUUAGUUCUAAGUCGUCUAUUAGAAUUGUGGGUUGGAGCGCGCGGAACUGAAUUCGAUUGGAAGUACAUCCAGAAGAGUUUCGAAGCAAAUAUUUCAAUUGUUCAUUUCCUUUCUGUUACUGCGUUAGUUUGGCUUCACUCACGCCAUGAUUUACCAAAACAACUAGUGCCAGCAGUCGUCAUCCUGAUUGGUUUUCAUAGUUACAAAUCUGUGAUUUGUGACAUGAUAUCGCACGUUUUGCACAUGUAUUCUUGGUCACUUCUUGCAUUUAAAGCUGUUUUUUCAGUGACAAUGGCUUUAAUUGUUCUCCACAUUUAUGGAGGCGUUGCAUCAUUAGCACUCGAAUUAAUGGCCGAUCAAGGAAUAUUUGAUCCAAUUGUUCCUUGGAUUGGAUCGAUCGUUGCAGAGAAUAAAAACACCGUUGCCAAAUUGUGGACAGAGAUCAAACCGGUGCAAAACAAAGAAACAAUUCAAAUUGUGGAAGCAGAGGCUGAUACGGCGCUCGUCGAAGAAGAUGACUCUAACAAUAAAUCAUUAGGCUCGAAUGAGGUCGUGAUCCAUGUAGUGGAUGAUGUUAGAGGAGGCCAGAAAGACUUUUCUUUGCCAGCCAACAUCUUACUCGAGAAGAUGCCUUACUUCGCAAAAGCCACAAGAGGUCAACUUUUGUCUGAUGUUGACAUAACUGUCCACUGUGAUGUGCAUAUUUUUGAAUGGUUGACUAGAUGGAUGAAUUCACCUAAUAACCCUCCACUACUUGAGCCUUCGAAUGUGGUACCAGUUUUGCUUUCUGCUGCAUUCUUGGAAACGGAAACGCUGGUAGAAGAAUGCUUAAAUUUUUGUCACAACCAGACUAAUCAGAUUUUAGACGCUAAACAAAGCUUCAGCUGCCUCAACGAUCAGCUCAUCGAAAAGCUUGCAGCAAAAUUUACCGCUGCAGAAGUGGAGCAAUUAGGACAUCAGAGAUCUUCUCUUCAAGCGAGAUUAUAUGCGUUUUUUAUAGUAGACUUGUGCUCAACAAAGACUAAUCCGAAAAGAGGAAUUUUCAAAACAGCCGCUACUCUCUUUCAGUGUGUGCACUGUGGCAAUUUACUUACCGAAGAAGUUCAAUCAAAGGUUCCCUGUACUUCUGGCCGAGUAAUCUUGACCAAGACUGGUCAACUAGUUUACCGCCAUCAAAGGGACACAAGUUGGAAUCUGACAGAAUAUAUUCAAAAUUUAAAAAUAACUCUGAAAACUUGGCGCCGAGUUUAUUGGAGACUUUGGUCCCAAACGCAUUUUCUAGAGUGUUCGAGUUGUAGCAUGCCGUUUGCUGCUACAGAUUUCAUGAAAUGUCUAUUCCACCCUGAAAGCAGUCAUUACAUGGGAACUACUCGGAACAAAGGAAAUUUUCAACCCAUUGGCAAGUACUCGUGCUGCCAACAACAAGUUCUACGAUUUGCAACUGUCCCCAAUCACCAUGGUUGCCGAAUGAAGGAGCAUACAGUAUCGUGCCUCAAUUUGGAACAAAUUCAAGUAACAACUGUUUGCCGACAGUUUUCAGAGUUUAUUCACGUUGCGGGACCUCCUAAAGUUAUCCAAGCCACAGUUGACAAAGAUCCAUCAAAAGCACCCCGACUACUGGGCAACGAUGAAGAAGUAGUGCCACGAUUUACUCUGGGAUUGCAGAGCCGUCCAAGAAGACAUUUGGUACCAUUACCAUGGCAACUCGAUCAAUAUACCAACAAAGAUAUCAAUCGUCCGAAAACUGCUUCCAGUUCUCAGGACAGCGUUUCCACAACCGGAAGCGCGGAGUCGGAUGAAAAAUUCCGCAAAGUAGUUAAUGUGCUCGAUCCUCAUUCGCUAUGCUAUGAGGAUGACGAAGAUAUGCAAGAAGACGAAGUAGAAGAUCCGUCAGGAACAUCUAUGAAUAAGCCGGCGAAAGCUUUAGGAAGAGAUGGGUUGAAAAGAAUAAGCUAUCCACAAAUGCUUGGUAUGCGUCGGAAGUUUUCUUCGCGUAGAGAAUUCAAAAUUAAACCAAUACCACCGGUGAAAGAAAUUGACUUGCGCUGGAAUCCUUGUCUAUCGACCCGAACGAAUCAAGACAGUCAACGUUAUUUGGAGGAGGAAAUGUUUCGACGGAUAGUUAACCAACUGGCUCCUCCUCAGUGGCAGAAAGCUCGCUCUCCGGUUGGUGGUCUUUUCGCCAAAAUUCAUCGUAUUCUACAAGAAAAAGCUUUACGAGAAGCAAGACGAGCAAAAAUGCUUCCAUCUGCUACAUCAAUCAGCACAGCUAUGACCGCUGCUCUAGCGGCUCGGAAAUUUAAAGCACAUCUCCACUCAACGGCAAAUCCCAUCUAG